AAACUCCGGGGACUCCGUUCUGCCCGAGCCUCGGACCAGGUACUGGGCCAAAUGGCUUUCCCAGCUGUUUGCACUGCUCCCUAACUUGCUCCAGAAGCUGUUUAUUUGGAGCCACCUUUUCGGUGGCAUGAUUCCGACCAGAUGGCUAGAUUUCGUAGCAAACCACAGCGCCCUGAGAGCCUUGAGAGGACGGCAGGAAUCUGCCACCCCCACGGUCCAGAAAUCUUUGAGUUCACUGCAGCUGGACUCUUCGGAAGACUUGGGUGUCAGCCCGUUUGAUUGGCUAGAGGAGGAUCUCCAAUGGCAGUACUCUUCCUCAGACCUGGAAUUGAAAUUGAAAGCCCAGGAAAGCGCUUUGAACUCCACAGCGCACACUUUUGUCCUGGAGCAGGGGCUGUGGGGAAUGGAGUUGUUGCCCAGUGGUCUUCAAACCGGUCUGGUCUCCCACCGAGAACUUGGCUCUUCUCCCGCUGGGCCUCUGGACACUCAGAGCGUAGGCAGUUUCAAGGUAGUUUCCUAUCUGCUGAACCAUUCCUGUCUGGACUGCCUUCCCCAGCUAGAGCUGCGCUGUCAGAACAGCGUUGGAGCUGGCCAACUCGUGGAUUUCCGAACACUACCCCCAGAGAACUGUUGCCGGUUUGAAGGUGGUUGUCACCCCCAACCACUGCGUGCAGAGAUCUCGGCAACCGCGUGGCAGAGAUGUCCCCCUCUUUCUACAGAAGGGCUGCCGGAAAUCCACCACCUUCGUAUGAAACGGCUAGAAUUCCUUCAGGCUAACAAGGGGCAAGAGUUACCCACCCCUGAGCAAGAUAAUGGCUACCACAGCCUGGAGGAGGAACACAGUCUUCUCCAACGGAUGGACUCUCAACACUGCUCAGAUAAGCCAGCACAGACGGUAUUUCCUCCUGGAGCCAGCCCAGAGCCCACUGAGAAAAAAACAGACUUGUUGGUUCAAGAAGUUUCCCAAAGCCUCCAGGAAAAUAGCCCGAUUUUCGGGUUACCUGUGGAAAAAGAGUUUGAGGAGGACCACACUAGUGUAGUUGAUUGCUCAGCCGUAGAAGAUGACCUUCCUGUCUCCGCCAGACCAGUGUGUAGCAACAAGCUGAUCGAUUACAUUUUGGGAGGCGCUACCAGUGACAUGGAGACCAGCUCCGACUCGGAAAGUGAGGAAAGUGAGGAUUGGGACGAGGAAGCAGAGGAUGAUGGCUUUGAUAGUGAUGGUUCCCUGUCGGAAUCAGAGGAGGAAGAGGACUCUGAAGGGCUUCACCUUUGGAACUCUUUCUACAGUGUAGAUCCUUACAAUCCCCAAAAUUUUACAGCCACAAUUCAGACUGCUGCCACAGUUGUCCCAGGAGGCCCGUGUGAUUCAGGGAGGCCCUUGUCUGCCAACUCCGAUGUAGGGAGUAGUUCUCAGGCUGGACUCCUUCCUGAGACCCCCUGGCAUAGUUCUGGGGAGGAAGAGGACUGGGAAUCCAGUGCAGAUGAAGCGGAGAAUCUUAGAUUGUGGAACUCUUUCUGCAAUUCUGAGGACCCCUACAACCUUUUAAAUUUUAAGGCUCCCUUUCAAACUUCAGGGAAAAACUGGAAAGGUUGUGAGGGCUCAAAAGCACCUUCUGAGGCCAUGGUGGCCUUUUCUGGGUGUCAAAAAAGCGCCUUACUUUCUUGUAAGGUACAAAUGUUAGAGAGCCAAGAAGAUUGUCCAGACUAUGGGCUGGGUGAGGCUCUUUCUGGAGAAACAUGCACCCAUAACAAGAGAAAAAAGGUAACUUUCCUUGAAGAAGUCACCGAGUAUUAUAUAAGUGGUGAUGAGGAUCGAAAGGGACCAUGGGAAGAAUUUGCAAGGGAUGGAUGCAGGUUCCAGAAACGGAUUCAAGAAACAGAAGAUGCCAUUGGCUACUGCUUGACAUUUGAGCACAGGGAACGAAUGUUCAAUAGACUGCAGGAACAUGUUUCAGAAGACACACUAUUGCUCAUCAAUGUUAAGACUAGUGAACAGUCUGCAGCCCUGGCCCACACACUCUCUUGCUUGAGAGGUUUCUCUUAAAAACAAAUAUUGGCACCUGUCCUUGGACAUGUUUUUUUUGUUUUUGUUUUUGUUUUUCAAGACAGGGUUUCUCUGUGUAGUUUUGGAGCCUAUCCUGGCACUCGCUCUGGAGACCAGGCCGGCCUCGAACUCAGAGAUCUGCCUGCCUCUGCCUCCCGAGUGCUGGGAUUAAAGGCCUGCACCAACAACGCCCAGCCCUUGGACAUGUUUUUAAAGAAACAACUUGUAUCUAGUGAUAUAGUUGAAUUAUUUUGGGGUAAUGUGUCUCAUUAGAAACACCAACUCCAAUAAUGAAGGAUCUCUAAAUCUUUAAUCCUCUUCCUAUUUAAUUGAAUGUGGUUUUGUGUUUUUGAGACAGGGUCUCACUACAUAAUUCUGGCCUGGAUCUUUGUGUGUAGACCAGGCUGGUCUUAAAAUUGGUACCUUUCCUUUGCUUCCUGUGCCACCGUGCCCAGGUGGAUGUGGUUGUAAAUAUCCUCUGCUUCCUUGAGGUUGUGAAAAGGGACUCCAAGUUGUUACUUUGCACUUUGAAAACUUUUCUUCUGGAGGCAGAGGAUAGCCAGGCUCAGAUAGCAGGCUCCAGGACAGCCAGGGCUGCAUGGUGAGACCCGCUCUUAAAGGACAAACAAAAGGUUGUUUGUUUUUUCAAGAUAGGGUUUCUCUAUGUAGCCUUGGCUGGCCUAGAGCUUGCCCUGUAGACCAGACUGGCCUCAAACUCACAGAGAUCCACUUGCUUCUGCUUCUCAUCCUGAGUACUAGGAUUAAAGGCCUGUGCCACCAUGCCUGGUGUAGAAAAGUUUCUUCACAGGCCUGUAAUUACAGUUACUUUGGAGACUGAGGCAGGAGGAGAGAAAAUUCAAGGUCUGCCUGGGCUACAUAGUGAAUUCAAGGCCAGUGUGGGUCUUAAUCUUAAAAUGAAAAUGGAAAAGGAGGCUGGGAUAUUGAAACAGCAGAGGGCACUUGCCUACUUGUGCAAGGCUCUAGGUUCAAUCCCCAGUACUGCAUAUUCAGUUCUAAUUUAAAUUAUGCAAGCCUAUCUGAAAACUUUGGGCUCUUGUGUGCUUUUCCUAUUCUAAAAUGAAUGGGCUUUUGUUUUUCUGUAUAUAUGUAUAUGUGUUUGUAUAUUUUGAGGUGAGAUUGAGGCACAGGUCUUAAUGUAACCUUGAGCUCAUGGCAAUCCUCUUGCUUUAACCUGAGUGUACAUAUAUGUAUGUAUGUAUGUAUGUAUGUACGUACGUACGUACAUAUGUAUGUAUGUAUGUAUGUAUGUACGUACAUAUAUAUAUGUAUGUAUGUACAUAUAUAUAUAUAUAUGUAUGUACAUAUAUAUAUCAGCUAUGCUUGCACUUUUUUCCAUUUUCAUAGAUUUGACAUAUUUACCUUAAGGCUAAAACCUAUUGUACUUGUUACCAACUUAAGACAUUGUUGUAUCACUUGGGUUUUCCUCCCCCCCACUACCCCCCCCUUUUUUUUUUUCUUAAUUUAAAAAAUUAGUCUUGUGUGGCCUAGGCUACACUGCUUAGCCAAGGAUGAUUUUGAAAGAUCCUCUUGUUCUCUUGCUAGGAUUGCAUAUGUGUGUGCCACACAUCCAGAUUUUUUUUUCUGUAUCUAGGUCUAUUUAAGAUAUUUCCAAGGACCACCACAAACCCACAAGUGCAGUACUUUCUUGACUGGGAAAGCUGUGUUAGCGUGCUUUUUAAAGACGUACACUGUGAUGCCCAUCUGGUCUGCCAAACUUUAACAUCCAGCGUAUUCUUUGCAAACUGUCCAUUUGGAAUGUUUCUCUGUAGUUCCAGUUGAAUGUGGCUCUUUAGCUUUCAGUGGGUAGGAAUUGUAAAGCACUCUAGGAAGUAAUCAUUGCAUUGUAGGCAUUCUAGGCAUUCUGUUUUUAAACUUAAAAGCCUAGAAUUUUCCUAGGAGGAAUAUGCAGACAUCUCAGAAAUUCAGUUUUGUUUAAUGUACUCUUUUCAGAAAGCCAGUGUUACUUAUACUCUGCCUCAGCACUGUCACUUUUAAAACCUGUCAUGGUGACACUGUAAACUUGGAUUGGGCAGUUGUGAAUUUUUAAGUGUGAAAUGGUCAGAUACAAAUUUCAAUGUCCAGGUUUAUUGUGUUCUAUUUUACAGAGAUGCAAUGGUGAGGCCUGCACUUUGAGGAAAAGUAUAGCUAGAACAGUCAGGAAGUCUUAGUGUCUUACCCAAGGCUUGCUUUUGAUUAGUAUGCCUGGUUUAUUCGGUUAGCUUUAUCUGCUGUGUGCAUGCUAGGUUGAGGUAUGUUUAAUCACCUCUUUAGUGGUCAGUUCUUACUGUGUGCCUCCUGUCAUGGCAUAGCGGGAACACAUACAAAAGAGAGGUCUGCUAAAUUGAUAGUGGGGAUGCAUUUUCCCAGAAGAGCUGGCAGCAUAACUACCUCAGUUUAUAAUCUCCCUGGUUAUUUCCGUUGGACAUACUCUAAGGUCUGCCCCAGUGGUGACAAUAUUCAUUCACACACUAAGAAUACAGCACCAGAAAAGUUGGUCUUCGUUUUGCAGAACCCUCAUUCUGUAUAGUUUGUGCACUUGGGUUUAGUGAACCCCAGAGUGCAUUGCAGUCUGGUAUAGCGCUGUGGAAAUAGGCUAGUUAGAAGCUGUGUCAUUUGGAAAGCAGACAUGUUGACAAGGAAAACUGUGACAAUACAUCGACAUUCUUUUAAAACCAGACUGCAGCUUAGCAUUUGACUUCAGACAUGUAGGUGUGAUGUGUUUCUGAGACCCAGCAAAGGAAUGGGAUAUCUAUCUGUACAUUCAUUGGGUGUUUGCAAAUUGUUCCAGUUUCCACCUUCACUAUCUAAUGAGUAAAUGACUGGUUAAAACAUUCUGGCACACUGCCUGCCUACAUACAGACAUGGUCAGAUGGUGGCAAGGACAAAAGGAUCUUUACAAAUUGAAGGAGAAGAGCAAAAUUAUUGUCAUUGUCAUCCCAGUCCAGAUGUUAAGGCCCCUCCCCAGGAAAGAAAACCUCCAAGGCAAGGCUAGGCAUGGAGGUUUUAGCUGAAUAUUUUACACGUUCAUGUCUUGCAAUGGUGCUUUAAAGAUCUGUGUAGCAUGUGAGAGAGAGGCUCUGUACAGACAGGGGUCCCUACUUCUGAGUGCUCAGUGGGGCAGCCCUUCAUCUGUAACUUGAAAUCAGAACUGUCAGAUUCUAUUUUUUAUAAUUUUAAGGAAGGUGAAGUUUGGGAACAAGACUUUUGAGUUGGCUUCUUCAGAUCCUUGGUUUUAACUGUAACUAGUGGAGAUUUUAUAGCUCAGAUUAUAUUUGUAUGUGAUUAUUAACUAAUCUGUAAAUUGUAAUAAAUAUAUUUGCAAUUACUAAA